UUGGGCUUUAAAGCUUAAAUCUAAGUAUCCAACAAACUAAAGCAGAAAAUUUUGCAUUCAUUCGAAAACACAGCCCAAAUUCCAGAAAUUUCCCCCAAAAGAAAUUAGUACAAGAGUUGAGGAGUCGAGGAAAGAGAGAGAGAGAAAGAUUCAGGAAGUAAUGAACAUAUUGUGGAAGAGCGAGUCAUGGAGAAGAAUCGUUUCAAAAACUCGGGAUUCAAAGCCCUUCUUCUUCACUUUUGCUAUGGUUUGCGGAGUUAUACCUGGGUUUAUCGGCUAUGGUGUUAUGCAAGUCACCAACUCCCGUAAUGAAAAGCUUGAGUCCCAUCUUCGCAACAACUCUCGUCCUGAAACCCGGAUGAUGGGACAAGUAAAUAAAGAGAGGCUGGGUGAAUAUUUAGCAGAACUACAGCGGAAGGAAGACACAAAUGAUCGAUAUGUAGCCGCUUUGAAAGGGGAAACUUUAACUAGAAAACCAUACGUGAGGAUACAACCAAUUCCUAAGCAAAAUCCUACAGAAGUUGCUGAACCUACAAAGAAAUAAAGAAGUAAAUCAAUCAGUUAUCAGGUAUCUUUUUUGCGAUGAUAGUAAUCAUAGUAUAUAGAACAAUGCUCUGUUGGAACUAACGAGAUCAAAUCAUUUUGAUGUCAAAAUUUGUGUAUCAAAUGAGGGCUCUUUACUGACAUUUUUGUAUGAUUCUUUUAUUCGACCUACGUUGCUAGUUGAUAUCUGUUGGAAUAAUAUAACUUGAAUCUUUGACGGUCAAUCAGUGUGCUUGUGAUUGAUCGCUUGCUAUCUUUUUUAAGUAAUACUUCGUAUAAUGCAAGGGGUAAUAAAAAUCUUUUGGAGGUUGUGUUUGAAGGCA